UCGGCGUUGCUUAAAAAAGUGUGAUAUGGGAGGUAGUUUGGCAGCGUCCAGGUUUGCACAGCAUGCCAGUAAGAAGUCAUUCCAGGAAAUGGUUGAUAUCUGGGAUUUAUAUUGUAUGACGUACUAUUAUCGAAACUGCGGAGGCCAGAAUGUUAAGAUGCAAACACCGGACCCUCCGYCGUUCGAACAGCAAUUCCAAGAUGUUCAUAAAAGUGUGUCAGAACAGGUGGAAGAUCUUUUUAGAAAGCUGCAUAACACUCUACUGGGCAAUCCUGCUAAGUUUCCUUUUAGUCUACAAAUAAGGAAUUCCUCAAUCAAUCAUUCUGAGUCAGGAAAAGGUGUUUUUAUAGUUGGUAGUUCUGCUGUGCCAGGAACAGUGGUGGCAUUUCAUCCAGGACUUGUGUACCUUCCACACCACAUUAGAAAAAUGCCCAAUUACCCAGGWAUGGAUCAAAGAAGCACCUACCUUAUAUCACGUUAUGAUGGCUGUAUUAUUGAUCCUAAUAAUUAUAGCACUUGCAUUAAGAGCCACAAUAAUGAUAGUAUAUCACAUCCAAUUGCUGUUGGUCAUAUGCUGAAUCAUCCCCCUGCAGGAGUCAGACCGAAUGUUCUUCCGUUUUCAUUUGACUUCCAUGCCACCUUUCCACAAGAGUUGCUAUAUCUCAUUCCAAACAGAUAUUACAAGGAGCCAGGCUUCCUAUUUAAGACACAGGCCAUCAUGAGGUGUUUAGUUUAUAUUACUAUUAAUCAUGUCUGCAAUGAAGAACUMUUUGUAAAUUACAGACUGAAUCCUAAGAGUAAAUUACCAGAGUGGUACACUGCAGUAGACAAGCAGGCAGACUCAAGAAGGUGGAAUUCAUAA